AUGCACUCUUUUGGUUACAGAGCGAAUGCUCUGCUCACAUUCGCCGUCACGAUUCUUGCGUUUAUUUGCGCGAUUGCUUCCUUCUCCGACAACUUCAGUAACCAAACUCCCUCUGCUCAGAUCCAGAUAUUAAACAUCAAUUGGUUUCAGAAGCAACCCCAUGGAAAUGAUGAGGUCAGCUUGACACUGAACAUAACAGCAGACUUGCAGUCACUAUUUACUUGGAACACAAAGCAGGUAUUUGCUUUUGUAGCAGCAGAGUAUGAAACCUCGAAGAAUUCUCUGAAUCAGGUUUCUCUUUGGGAUGCCAUAAUACCCAAGAAAGAGCAUGCCAAAUUCUGGAUACAAAUCUCAAACAAGUACCGUUUCAUAGACCAGGGACACAACCUCAGAGGGAAAAACUUCAACUUGACAUUGCACUGGCAUGUCAUGCCCAAGACUGGCAAGAUGUUUGCUGACAAAAUAGUUAUGUCUGGUUAUCGUUUACCCAAUGCAUACAGAUGA